GUCUUUCCAUUUGAGACCUAAACUUCACCCUCUCCCUCUCACUCCCCAUAAAUAACAAAACGUUUUUCUGCAUUCUGAACAAACUCUCUCCUCUCCCAAACACAUGAAACCAAGUUUAAAGACUAAAAAUAAGCAAAAGAAAUACAUACCCUUUCCUCCUUGUACCCCAACGCAGCCAUUACUACCAGCAACACCUCCUCCUCCCAAAAUGAGCCAGUGCGUUCCCAGCUGGGAUUUCGAUGAUAAUCGUAAUCCCAACCCGGCCAGGCUAUCACUUCGUUCUCACUCCAAUUCCACUCCUGAUAGCACUAUGUUAGACUAUGAAGUAGCGGAGCUGACAUGGGAGAACGGCCAGCUAGCCAUGCACGGCUUAGGUCCGCCACGGGUGCCCGCCAAACCCACCGUCGCCACCACCACCACCAAUACCAAUCCCCCUGCUUCCAAGUACACCACCUGGGAAAAGCCACGCGCUAGCGGCACCUUGGAGUCCAUUGUUAACCAGGCCACUGCUUUGCCAGCCAUGCGCAAAGCAGUCCCUUUCGAUGGCAGCGACGACUUGGUCCCCUGGUUCGAUCAUCACCACCACCGCGUUGCUUUGGCUGCUGCCGCCACCGCCUCUGCCACCAUGACUAUGGACGCUUUGGUGCCCUCCUCCAACCGCACCUCCGAGGUCGAACAGGCUACCCAGGGCCGCGUGGUGGACCCACUCGCCACCUGCGUGGUCGGAUGCUCCACUCACGUAGGGUCCUGCAGCGGGGCUGCAGCCACCACACAGGACAAAGACAACGACGUCCUCUUCACGGGGAAACGAGCCGGGGAGGCGCGUGUCACCGCCGACUGGAGCAGCAGAGACCAAAGCUGCACUGGAAGCGCCACGUGUGGGAUGGAUAGUCAUCAGAUGACUAUUGAAACGUGUGAGAGGGACCGGGGUUUGGGUUUCACUUCCACGUCGCUUGGGUCAGCAGAACACACCAGCUCUCACGGCAAGCCUUUCACAAAGACCACCACCACCGCCGAUGACCACGACUCUGUUUGCCACAGCUCACCGCCGAGGGAGGCAGGUGAUCAGGACAAAAAGAAGGGUACUGGGAAAUCCUCUGUUUCAACUAAAAGAAGUAGGGCUGCUGCAAUUCAUAACCAAUCUGAACGUAAAAGGAGAGAUAAAAUAAAUCAAAGGAUGAAGACCCUGCAGAAGCUGGUCCCCAAUUCGAGUAAGGUAUCUAUUUCUUGCAUUAUUGCACAGACUGACAAGGCUUCAAUGCUGGACGAAGUGAUUGAAUAUCUAAAGCAAUUGCAAGCUCAAGUUCAGAUGAUGAGCAGAAUGAAUAUGCACCCGAUGAUGUUACCAAUGACCAUGCAACAACUUCCGAUGUCCAUGAUGGCUCCUAUGGGCAUGGGGAUGGGUAUGGGAAUCGGAAUUGGCAUGGGCAUGGACAUGAACACCAUCAACCGCUCCAACAUGGCAGGCAUUUCUCCUGUUCUUCACCCUACUGCCUUCAUGCCUAUCACUUCCUGGGAUGGCUCCAGUGACCGAAUUCAAGCCACUUCAGGGGCUGUAAUGCCAGACCCCUUGUCCACAUUCCUCGCAUGCCAACCUCAGCCAAUGACCAUGGAUGCUUACAGCAGGAUGGCUGCCAUGUACCAGCAGCAGCAGCAGCAGCAUCAACAUCAACCUCUACCUUCUAGUUCUAAGAGCUAAAGCUUUCUUCUGUUGGGGUCUCGUUCCUUGCAGAGCUUAGCUAGAGAGCAAAACCACAAAUUGGGUGCAUGCAGUUGCUGCAAAGAUUGUGGAGGGGAGCUUAGGAUUCCUUAAGAGUCCCUACUCAAAUUCUAGAGUCUAGUGAGAAGAGAUCAUGGAUAUAUGAAGCGUAUUCCGUAACAAUUAUUGUUGUUAGCCAUGCAUGUAUCCUAAUUUGGACGACAUCAAAUGCUCAAAGGAUUCACAUUAUAUGUCUUUCUCACAGGCCACUUCAAGUCCUACAAUUCGAAUAGAAGUUUUAGAAGAUCUUGAUCUUGUGAAGGGAUGUAUUUAAAUAUCGCGAGUGAUAGUGUAUUUUAGCUCUAAGAGAUGAGCGAAUAGCUAAAAAAGUACUGUUGCCUUUUUGGGUAAUCAAUUUGUGGAUAACUGAUGCA